AUGGGAACGACAGUGCGGCUUGUGCAGGCCCGGGAAGUAGGGCUUCUUCUGGGUUCGCCCUUCCCCUCGUCCGGCGGCCCAGGCGGCGCCGCCACCACCGGACGGAGGACGGUGGCCUUCGCCGCCGGCGGGAACAACCAGAACGGCGGCGGCAGCAUCAGCAGCGAACGUGGCCCUUCUUCCUCGCCCUCGACGGAGCAGCAGAAGGAGAAAAAAAAGGGAAAGCUGGGAGCGCAGCGGCCGCGGGGGCCGUCGGUUCUCGAAGUUCAGAGGGCCAUCGGGAUCGCCGACGGAGACGACGGCGGCGCCGCCCGGUAA